AUGUUAAAUCUCUGUUUUGAAUUUUUAUUUAUAAUAUUAAAACAUGAUGAGUUAAGCUUAUCUAUAAAUACCAUACUAGCAAUAAUUUAGUAUUUCUAAAUUAUUUAUUUUGCAUUUCAUCCAAUUGUAAUUAACUUUUUAUAUUUUUUUUUUUUUUUUAAAUAUAAUAAAAAGGUAAGUAAACUUUGGGAUAGUAAUUUAGCUAAUAAUGCAGCCUAAGUAUUCGGAUAUGUAGGUAUUUUCCAUAUAUAUAGAUCUUAAACAUGGAAUAUAUGUUUAAUUGUAUUUUAUAUUGGUUUUAUAAUAAAAUUAAUAUAUUCACUUUGCUUUUUAUAUUGUUGUGUUACUUUAAAUAGAUAAAAGAUUUUUCCAAAUUUAGUUACCAAUUUUAUAGUUAUUACUACUAAUUUAUUAAUAAAUAUACUCUAUAUGCCUUUCUUGGAUGUCUUUUUAAUUAUAGUAAAUUGCUCUGGAGAAAUUAUUUAAAUAUCUCUUAAAUAAUUUAAAUAUUAAUAGGGAAUGCAUAUAUUUUAUUUUUCAGUAUCAAUAUUUUGUAUUAUAAUGCUUUUGUUAUUCAUUUUUAUUUUCGGAUAUUUAUAUUUUGAUGGAAUAUAUAACGAAUUCAAAGGUAAUUCUAAAAAAAAUAACCGAGGAAAUAUUACUUUAAUUAUCUACGAAACAGUUCUUAUAUUUAGCCUAAAUUUCCUUAACGGAGCUAACUAAACUAAUUUUAUAGUAGUUAUCUAUUUAAUUGGAAGUGCUUUUGUAUUCUAUAUGAUACAUAUAAAUUCACCUUUUAAUAAUAUUAUUAUUUAGAAAGUAUGGUCCUAUUUAUAAUCAGUAAAUACUUGGACAGCUAUAAUGUUAGCUAUAGCUUGUGUAAAAUAAUCCAUAUAUAUAUAGAUAUAUAUUAUAUUUUAUAAAUAUAUAAAUAUAUUUAAUAAAAAAGCAAUAAAUAUAAACGUAAAUAAAUUCGAAGAUCCACAAGAAGUAAUUGAUCAUGUUAUAUAUGUUCAAAAACUUGUCUAUAAUGAUAUAAAAAAAACUAAAUCGGGUCAACUUCUAAACGGAUAUAUAGAAUUUCAUAACAAAACUUGUUUAAAUGCAGUUUGUCCAUUAAAAAAGGUAAAAUUUUCAGUGAUAUUAAAAAAAAAUGAACAUGAAUAAGCAAAAAAAAACAAUAAAUAAAAUAAUAAUAAUAAUAAUUAAAAUAACAAUAAUAAUAAUAAUUAUUAAAGAUAAGAUAAGAGAUAUUAAUUUUGUUAAGAAACGUUAUGUAAAUUAUUUGAAUAAAACAUCCUUAAAUUCCCUACAAACAUAAACCUUAGAAUAAACUAUGCUGUAUAUUUAAUGAAAGUAAUCAAAAGCAAAUAACAUGCCUUAAAUUAAAUUAUAGAAGCUGAAAGUUUCAAGCAAUCUUUUGAUGAAAAGUUUAUUUUGUAUUAUAUAAAGAAGGUUAUAGAGAAUGAAAUUUGCGAAUUAAGCAAUAAUGAUGAUGAUUAUGGAAAUUAAAAGACCUAAGAGAGUGAAAUUAAUAAUUUUAAACUUGCUAUGGAAUAAACUGUGGCUUUAUUAAUGGAAUUUUGGAGUUAGUUUUCAGAUGAAAAACCUGAUUUGAUAAAAUUAUAUGAUAUUGGCAGUAAAUUAUUCCCUUUAAAAUAGUUAGUUGAUACUAUGUAGAAAAAAAUCACAAGAGGAAAAGGUGAACAAAUUCCGAAAGUUUUGAGAGUUUAUUCGAAGUAUUUAAUUGAUAUUUUUAAUGAUAAAAAAAACGGUGUACUAUUGUUAGAAAAAGCAAAUAAAAUAGAGUAAAAUAUUCUCAAUAAAAAAGAGUUUCAUAUAGGCUAUACUUCUGAAAUUAAUUUAGAUGGAAAAGAAGAUGGAAUCGCAUUUAUGACAAUGGAAGAUGAAAAAUUAGGAGAACUUUUGACUUGUAAUUUGACUUUAGCAAGUCUUUUUGGAUACAAUAAAUAGGAUUUGAUUAAUAAAAAUGUCACAAUGCUAUAGCCUAUUAUAUAUAUGUAACAUCAUUAGGAUAUUUUAAAAUAUUAUAUUGAAAAAGAAACUAAAAAUGGCACAUAACAACCAUAAGAUAUUAGUGUUAGAGAGAAAAUUUUACAUAUUUAAGGCAAAAAUAAAUAGUAAUAUAUUUUUCCAAUUACAUUAAAGAUAUAACCUGUCUAUCAUGCAAUUAAAGAUGGAAAUGAGUAUUUGGGAAUUUUUAAAAAAGAAAAAGCUAUUAAAAAUAUUGCCUAUAUUUAAAGUGAUGAAAAAGGUAUAAUAAAAGAUAUUUCAUCAUGUAAAAUUAAAAAUAUAUGUAGACAUAAAUUUUAUUAUUCUAAAAUUUUUUAUAAAAAAGCUUGUAUAAAUAUAUUAGGAAUAGAUAUAAAAAUUAUUACAUUAUAAUAAAUUUCCAUUUAAAAAAUAUUUGAAGAUAUUGACGAUUAUAGAUAGGAAUGUUUGAGUAAAUAAGGGAAAAUAAUAAAUUAUACAUUUCCGAAAUUUCAUGACGAUUCAGUUAUUUUCGGUAAAAGUGACAAAAUGACAAAAUUACUUGUUUAAAUGUAAGAUAUAAAAUUUAAAUAUAAAGGUGAUGAUAAACUCGGAAAUAUAUUUAAAAUAGAAUAAAUCCAAGACAAACCUUUAAAAUCAUAAAAAUCUAAAAUAACUUAAACGACUUUAGUUUUAAGUGAAAAAAAAUAAAUAUUAGGUGCUUUUUAGUUUAAACUACAUAUAUAGGAAGAUGAAGAUAUAUUAUAUAAUGGGUAAUUUAUCGAAAGUGAAAAUUAUUCAGAUUAAAAUAAUAAUAUUGAAACUACUUAAUUUGAUUAGAGUUAGAUAUAGUAAGGAAAUGAUAGUAAAUUUGAAAAUGCGAAUAAUCUUUCCUAAUAUUUAAAUAAUAAUAUCGUUUUUUUAAAAUCAAAUUAAAUUAAUGAGGAAAAAUAAAAUAAUUAAGCUAGUUAAUAAUAACUUGAAUUUUAAAUAAAAAAAAAUUAUUGUGAAGGCAUUAAGACUUAUAGAUUGGUUAAUAAUUAAUUAUAGGAUAUAGAAAAAUAUAAAGAUGAUGAAUAGGAUGAAGAUGAAGAAAAUAUGGAAGAUGAUAAAUUAGAAGAAUAACAAUAACACUAAAAUUAUAAAAAUAAAUAAAAUUAGUUAAAUUUAACGGAAUCAAAGGGUAAUAUUAAUGCUUUUGAUUACUCUAGAGCUUUAAAUGAUGAACUAGAUAAAUAAUCAGAAUCAAUUAUUGUUUAAUAAUUAAAAUAUUUCUCUAUUUUUGUUAUUAUAAUUAUGAUAAUGAUAUCAUGUAUAGAAUUUGGUAUAAAUAAUAAUUAUAUUCUAACCUAAAAAGAUGGAUAUUAGAAAGUUUAAUUAGAGUCUUAAAGACUUGCUUGUAUAAACGAAAUGAUUUCCUAUAUAAGAGAAAUUAAUUUAUUAGCUUUAGAUAUUCGAAUUCCUUAAUAUAAAAUACAAAGUGUUGCAAAUCCUGAUAAAUAAUCAGAUUUUACAGCUUUAAAAGAAAGAAUAUUAAACACAAUAAACGAACUGAAAGAUUUAAAUUAGAAUUUGAUAAAUUUAUAGAGUUCUUCAGAUAAAAUUGUAGAUAUUUAAUAUUUAGAGAAUUAAUAAAAAACAUCCUUAAAUAUAAACUCUGUAACUGAAUAAAUAAUAUCAAGAGCACAUGCUAUUAUAUAAUAGAAUUUAGAUUUUAUAAAGAAUUAAUAGACAGAUAAUUUUUAUAUAUAAUUUAAUGGAUUAAAUGAUUAUUCGGUUAAAAUUUUAACUAUAAUGGAUGAAAAAAAUGCCUCAUUAAUUGAUAAUAUAUAUCAUAUGCAAAAUUAUUAGAUAAUUUUUCUCAUUGUAUCGAUUUGUAUUAUGCUUAUAUUUUCGGUUAUUUUAACUUUUUUAUUAGGAAAAACUAUCUUCGCGAAGUAAAUUAUACUUUCAGUUUUCUUAGAUAUAUCAGAAAAAACAUCAAAAUAUUUGUAUACAAGUUGUGAGAAUUUUAUAGCUUAAAUUAAUACAGGAGAAGAAGAUGAUAUAUAUAGUGAAGGUUAUGCUUUUAUUGAUGAUAAAGAUGAUUUUGAUGAUUAAAAAGGUUCAAUUUUUGGUAAAAAAAGAAAAAAAUUCAAAAACGCUGAUAGAGGUACUUUCGGAUUCUUUUUCAAAAUGCUUUUAAUUUCCAUAUUUUUUGAAGUUUAUUUCUUUGUUAAUUAUUUUUUAGAAAGAAAUUAAUUAUCAAUAAUGUCAUAAUUAUUACUUGAAUUUAACUGUACAAAUUUUUCAGAAGGAUUUUAUUCUUUAGCUUUAAAUGGAUAAAAGUAAUUAUUCAUUAAUAAAGGUUAAGCUUUUCUUAACGGACAAGCAGAAAAUUAAGUUGCUUAAAUGAUUGAAAAUUUUUUUAAUGUAGAUGCUACUAUUCAUUAAUAACAUGCAUUAAAUAGUCCUGUUUUUGAUACUUCUAUUGGAUAUUAAGAUUCAUUUGAAAAUAUUAUGUUCAAAGAUCCAUGUAAUAUUAUGGUUGAAAGAAAGUCUGUGAGUUAAAACGAAUGUGAUAAUUUUCAAUAUUAGAUUGUUAAAUAGGGUAUUAUUACAGUUACUGUAAGAUUUUUUUAAUUAAUUAGAUAUUUUAAAGAUAGGUAUGAUUGGAUUAUUAAAAAUCCUACUACUUAAUUUAAUUUUACUUAAUUUAAAGGCUAUGUAAAAAUAUAAAAUCGUGACAUAAGUAUAUAAUAAAAUAAUUUAUUAAAUCUUUUAAGAUUAAAUGAUUCCUAUGAAUUAAAUAGUAUUUAAGUUAUUUAUUUGAAAUCGGCUUAUAGGUAUUUAUAAGAAUAGUUUAUGAAAUAAAACGAAUAUUCAAUUAAUAAUUUCAAAGUUUAAAGAGUAAUGUUACUUGUUAUAUUUAUUGUUUGUCUUUUAGUAGGAUUAUUAAUAUAUUGGUUACCUUUUUUACAACAUUUAAAUAAAGAAAUAUGGUCAACUAAGUGUUUACUUUCUUUCAUACCUGUCGACGAAAUGACAAAAGUAUAAAAUAUAGCUAUUUUUAUUAAAGAUAUUAUUCUGGAAAAAAAAAUAUGA